CGCGGUCGGCGGAGCGCGAUCGGGCAUUCGGCGCCAGUCGUGAUCCAAGCGCCGCGGGGCUGCCGCGUCCUCUUCGUGUUGAGCCCUCACUCGCGAUCCCACUAACUUUGUACACUGGAAACUUUUCAAAACGAUUUCUGUCAGAUUCGUUUGUGCUCAUCACGUUGCGUUUCUAACAUCGAAUCGUGUCGAGUGCUCUACCUUCGAGCAUAUGUGCAUUGUCGCGCGUUUGUACGAAUCCGUCGGUCUAUUUUUGAAUAUUCUCUAAACGCUUCGCCGCGAAGUUUUCGAAACGCAGCAGCCCGCCCGAGCCGGGUUAACGGCCGCAGUGUAUGCACGCCUGCAUCACAGCUCUUGUGUUUUUGUUGACGGAUAACAUUUUGUGCAGUUAAGUUCCACUGUUCAGUCUGAGGAACGUUAUCUUUCAAUUUGUGCGGGCCACUGUGGUCUUUCGCGUGGAACGCGAUGGCUUCGGAUGACAUAUAUUUAGUGGUGUGCCUGUGAAUCGUGUCAGUGAGUGCAAGCCGAGUGUGUUCGAAGGCUGCUAGUGUUUAGUGCUCAGUGUUAGUAUGUGAUAGUCUAUGGAAGUGUCUGGUUAUCGGAAUGUUUACGAAGCACGGCAAAGCCGCACAGCGGUGUCAGCCCCACUCGAGUAGAGCCAGGAAGAAGAAAAAACCUGCACCUCACACGCCUUGGAAGUACUUGAUGAAUUGCCCACUCGUUAGGAAAUGUUUUGGCCUACAAUUACGGAGCAUAGAGGAGCCGGCAGGGGGCGCGGGGGGCGGCGUGCCCGCGCCGACCUGCUACGACGCCGAGUGUGCCCGCACUGAAGCCUGGCUCGAUGAGAACCAGGAGUUUGUCCACGACUACUUCUUAAGGAAGGCGACAAGACAAGUGGUGGACGCGUGGCUGGUGUCGCACGCGACGCCGCCCAGCGCCGAGCUCGCGUCCCCGUCUCGUGCCGGCUCCGGCUCCGGUGCUACUACUCCUGUUAGGAAGAUCUCAGCGCACGAAUUCGAACGAGGGGGUCUCCUCAAGCCCCUGGUGACGACCGUGGACGGCACUCCCACCUUCCUGGGAGACCAGCCACACGCCACGCCGUCCAGGCCGCAGAGACGGUCGCGACACGAGCUGAGGCAGCUGGAUGAAAAGGAGCUUAUAUUCGAAUUAGUAAAAGACAUCUGCAACGAGCUUGAAGUCCGAGUACUGUGCCACAAGAUCCUGCAGAACGUAUCAAUUCUCCUCGACGCUGAUCGUGGGUCUUUGUUCCUUGUCCAAGGAGAGAAAGUAGCUUCACCUCAACCUCAAAAUGGAAGAUGUCUCGUGUCAAAACUGUUCGACGUGUGCUCGAAGUCCACUCCAGAGCAGAUGGAACAGCUGGACGAAAUUCGGAUACCCUGGGGCAGCGGGAUCGUGGGCUACGUGGCCGAAAGCGGCGAGCCAGUCAACAUUCCCGACGCUUAUAAGGAUGAGCGAUUUAACCACGACAUCGAUCAGCAGACGGGUUACAAGACGAGGUCCCUCCUUUGUAUGCCAAUUAAAGACAUCAAUGGAGAGGUCAUCGGUGUUGCACAGGUGAUAAACAAACAAAACGACGGACCGUUCACGGCAUACGACGAGAAGGUCUUCUCCUCCUACCUCCAGUUCUGCGGCAUCGGCCUCCGCAACGCCCAGUUGUAUGAGCGAUCACAGCUGGAAGUGAAGAGGAACCAGGUGCUUCUAGACCUGGCGAGGAUGGUGUUUGAAGAGCAGAGCACGAUAGAACAUAUGGUGCUGAGGAUAUUGACCCACACGCAGAGUUUGAUACGCUGUCAGAGGGUACAGGUGCUUCUAGUCCACGAAGCUUCCAAAGGCAGCUUCUCACGGGUAUUUGACCUCGAGGCAGGCGACGAUGCGGAGCCAGGAACCCCACGUACUUCACCGUACGAGAGCAGAUUCCCAAUAAACAUAGGCAUUACAGGAUAUGUUGCGACCACUGGCGAGACUGUAAAUAUUGCGGAUGCCUAUUUGGACCCACGAUUCGACCCAUCGGUGGAUGAAGGGACGGGGUUCAAACACAACACUAUCUUGUGUAUGGCUAUCAAGAACUCUGAAGGCAGGAUUAUUGGAGUCAUACAGCUGAUCAACAAAUUUGAUGACCUACUGUUCACGCAGAACGACGAGAACUUCGUGGAAGCGUUUGCGAUAUUCUGCGGGAUGGGCAUCCACAACACACACAUGUAUGAGAAGGCUAUCACGGCCAUGGCCAAGCAGAGUGUCACCCUUGACGUUUUAAGUUACCACGCAUCAGCUUCAAUAGACGACGCUCAGAGGCUAAGAACGCUAAGGAUACCUUCCUCAGUCCACUUCAACCUACACGAGUUAGAGUUCGACGACAUUGACCUCACAGAUGACGACACAUUACGAGCUUGUCUGCGCAUGUUCCUGGAUCUCGACUUUGUUGAGAGGUUCCACAUAGAAUACAGCGUGCUCUGCCGAUGGCUGCUCAGCGUCAAGAAGAACUACCGCAAUGUAACGUACCAUAACUGGAGGCACGCGUUCAAUGUCGCGCAGAUGAUGUUCGCUAUUCUUACCGAGACACAGUGGUGGAAGAUCUUCGGCGAACUGGAGUGCUUGGCUCUGAUCAUCGGCUGCUUGUGCCACGAUCUGGACCAUCGGGGGACCAAUAACUCUUUUCAGAUCAAGGCAUCGUCGCCGUUGGCGCAGCUGUACUCCACAUCUACGAUGGAACACCAUCACUUCGACCAGUGUCUGAUGAUCCUUAACUCGCCUGGGAACCAGAUCCUUGCGAACUUAUCCUCAGAGGACUACGAGAGGGUUGUUAAAGUGCUCGAAGAUGCUAUUCUAUCCACCGAUUUAGCUGUUUACUUUAGAAAACGCAUCCCAUUCAUCGAACUGGUCGAGUCUGACCGAGUAGUGACCCCGUCGUGGGGGGAGUGCGAGGAGCGUCGCGGUCUUCUUAGAGCGAUGUUGAUGACAGCGUGUGACCUGGCAGCCAUUACCAAGCCCUGGCCCGUGGAGCGGCGGGUGGCGGCGCUAGUAGCGGGCGAGUUCUUUAGGCAGGGAGACCUGGAGAGACAGAACUUGAAUCUGACUCCUAUUGACUUAAUGAAUAGAGACAAGGAGGACGAGCUCCCUGCUAUGCAAGUCAAAUUCAUCGAUUCUAUCUGUCUGCCCAUUUAUGAGGCAUUCGCUGUACUGUCGCCGGCCUUGCAACCGAUGCUGGAUCGGGUAAAGAGCAAUAAGGCGCAUUGGAUCGAAAUGGCGAAUAACGGUGAGAAAAUCGAUUAUAGUCUCGAAAAAGAAACACCCGAGAGGAAUGACAAAUCGAGUUUAAGUUCUCAAAAUGUUGAUGACACAGAGAAUACGUACGAAGGGGAUAGCAGCGGCGCGGUGAGUCUGUCGUCGGAGAACUCCAAGUACGACAACCUGGAGAACCCGGUGGUGGGGCUGCUGUGCUCCGGCGCGCUGGCGCCGCGCGACCCCGCCAAGUUCUGUCCGCUGCACGACCUCAACUGAGCGGUAAACGAUCCAACUUAUUGUCAAAUUCUACGUUCCGUUUCUACGAUUCCAUCAAACACUGACGUUUGAACGAGUGCUCCAAGUUUAGCUGACAUGGCAUCGGUUUUAUCAUUAUUUGCUCGUUUGUUUAUCCAACCUCAGAGCAUUGUUAAGAUAAAUACGUCUGCAAAAAAAUUUCAAAUAAGCUCGAAAGAAAAAUUGACAAUCUCGUAAAAUUUGACAUACAAUAUGAUCGUUUUAAAGCGCUUAACAAUAUUGUGAUAUAGUGACACACUUCUUUAUUGAUGAUUGCGUCCAUAACCUCGUAGGCCAAUAGACAAGCCGAGUAGUAUAGUCGUAUCUCGAGUUAAGAAGCACAAAUAUUGUUUGUGAUUUCAUUCAGAGUACACGUUGCAUUUUAGAAUUCAUUUGAUUAAAUAAUGUUUAGUUCCUUUAUACGUUUGAUUGAAAGAGUGUAUGUAAAACAUCAUAUUUGUCUAGUUUGUAAUUAUGUAACUCGAGUAUUGCAUAAACAUUUUCAAUUUGAUGGGGUAUGUUUCCAUACUCGAUUGUUUUGUUGGAAAUUUUCCCGCCGUAUCACUCAUAUCAUUUCUAUUGGUCUGAAAUCGACACAGUUGACGAGAGUAACCGAGCGAUACAAACAGAGUUGUGUGAUAUUCGAGUAAUAACAUGAUUUUAGUCGAAUUUCAAAUUCAUCUUGCGCAUGGCGUAUACCUAGUAUCGGUAAGUUGUCAUGAUUGUCGCACUAUUUUUGUACACUUCAUUUUAGCUUUAUAUUUUUUUAAGAAUCUAUGUAUAAGAAAUUUUAAAGUAUGUACCUAAAUGUUUGAUUUACCUCAUUCGAUUAUUCCUACGUAUUUACAUGAGUCAUGCGUGUGUUGGUCGCUAAUAAUCGUAUUUGAAUAUGCAAUCUUAAUGAAUUUCAUAUUUGAUGAUUUUUUUCUAUGAAUAUUCUUCCCGUAGUAAAUAAAUGAUAAGGGCCUAACUGUCGUUUCUUAGUUAUUUCAAUGAAAUGACCAAAAUACCAAAAAGUUUUGAAUAGGUGUUGUACUAAAUUGUUAUUUUGUCUAGACUGUUGGUGUAGUUGUAAUAAACUUACAUGCUUUGUGUAUUAAGAUGGUAAAAUAUGGCAUAUUCGUCUGUAAAGAACCUAUAUUGGGUAAGAUCCUUGUGUAGGGUUGUGUAAACCACGUGAACGUUGUAACUAGUUACGGACCAGUACCUAACCUUCCAUUCUAAUGUAUAGUCGAAAGUACAUCAAUCUACACAAAUUCAUUUGCAAAUUCGCCCUUUUUACUGCGGCAUAAAGAUCUAUGUAGGGUAACUUGACAUGCGGUCGACUGUACUAGUUAUUUGAAUUCUCAUUUUCCAUAAGAUUUGUCGAUAUCUACUGUACUUUAUUUGACAGACAAUUUAUUGUUUACAAAUUCACAGGACAUUUGUUUGUCUGUAAUAUUGUCUAAAUAUCUUCGUAAAUUAUUACGUUCGUGGUGAAACACCAAUACUGCUCAUACGACUUGAAAAUGAGUGGGUUAAGAAUGGUAGUUAGUUCGAGUAGUUAAAAUUUAAGUACCUACACUUUUAAUUUUGAUGGCUUAAUAACUCGUCACUUUUAAAUAAGAAUACGAUAAUAAAUAUCAUUUUUAUGAUUUUUGCGACAAUAUCUACGUACAUAAAAAUGCUAAAGUAAUGAAUUACCAUCAACUUUGUUUUUCAACAUGUAUAAUAUUUUUUCAGUAGUAUUGUCAUUAAAAAGUGAUGUUAUGUAUCUAUUUUCUAGAUAUAAAUAGAUCAUAUUUUGCACUUUAAGUUUUGUAAAUAAGUUGAUCUAUUACUAACACGAUAAUUGGUUAGUACUUAUCUUUAAAUUUCCGAUUUAUUGUUUCGUUUAUUGGUUCUUUGGAACUUUUGCCUCGCAUCUUGCAAUCUGUACAUGUAAGUAUACAAAAAUAUACUUAUUUAAUAAUAAUAACACCUAUUAACUCACAGUAGAAGUAUGGGUAAAAUAAAAUCGAUUUAAAAUCCAUUACAGUUUCAAGUGACAGUAUAAAACUCACUUCAAACUGACAAUGUACCUAAAUUGGGUCCGUUUUUUAAUGCCGGCUCCACACUAUCCGCGAACAAUUCGCCAAAUUUGGAUUCGGUAUGCAUUGUUGAUUUUUCAUUGCGGUAAAUAAAAAUAUUUGUCCCAGUUCGGCGAUAUUGUGGAGCCUACUAUAAAGUUUAUGUUGGAAAACCAUAACAACCUGAAUACGUUAAUUUUUACAAUAGAACACGUGUACAUACUUUUUCGUAAAUAUUGUAAAGCUAAAAUAUUUUUUCCUCGACAAAGACAGUUACGGCACCCAUAAUCCAUUCCAAUUUAUUUGUUAUUGGUCCAUAUUAUUCUUGUGUCGUCCAUUUUAUUAACAUUGCUUGUAUAAAAAAGUAUAAUAUUGUCAAUUAAAGUAGUCAAGUUUAUACAUUUACGGUAACACGUUUGUGAUUAUCGAAUUUAAACCUCUUGAGAAUAGAAUAGAAUCUUAGUACAUUUUAUGAAUUGAACGUAACUAAAAGCAUCAUAAUAUGAUAGUAUGUAAUAUGCCUGAGAAGUACCGUGCGUUCUUUUUCAAAAAACUGAUAUUUUGUAAUGCUAUUAUUUCCAAAAUAAAUCCGACGUAAGUUCGAUCUCAUGAAAUGUGCUAGACUAAGGGAUCCAUUUUCAAUCUAAAUCUCGCUUACACUUUGAAAUGUGUUUUAUAAUAAAUAAUGGUUUGUAUACAACAAUGAAUACUAUAAUACUUAUCUGAAAACAUAAAAGUCGUCAUUCUCAACAUUCACUCAAUUGACUUUGUCUUGUGUCGUGUUUUGUAAGUUUCAUUUCAAUUGUUUACUUAUAGUAAACAAUUAAAAAAAUAUUAUGACCAUAUUAAUAAAAAAUAUUAUGAAAUAUUAAAUAUUAUGAACGUUUCAUCUUUCAUUACUGUAUACAAAACCAAAAAAACUUUGUUAUUAAAUAUAUCCUUCCCUUUUAUGACAACAUUGCGACCAAUUUCAACGUUACAAAAAAUAAAUUAUUUUGUUAUUGGAAUAACUCUCUAUAAUUAGAUAUUUACAAUGUGAAAAAAUCUCAAAUUAAUUGUGGUGAACUAUGUACAACACUAAUUUAAGAUUACUGUAAGUAUUAUUAGAAAGUAAUUAGAGAAUUAAUAAUUGUAAUUCACAAUGAGGAGUUGUAUGGUGUGUGAAUAAUAUGGAGGUUGUUUUGUUCCAAACAAAAAAUGUUAUUUAUUUAUGAUUAAACAAAUUUUGAAAUA